AUGAGAAAGUUAAAAGCGCGGAGAACCCUCUCUCUCUCUCUCUCUCUCUCUCUCUCUUUUUUUUCUCUCUCUCUCUCUUUCUGCGUCUACAUGCGGAGAAACUACGCUUACUCUCUUUCUGUGGCUACAAGCGGAACAACCCCCACUCUCUCUUUCUGUGUUUACAGGCGGAGAACCCACCCUCUCGCCCUCUCUCUCUCUCUCUCUCUCUCUCUCUGUUGUUCUGUGUCUACAAGCGGAGGAAUCUCUUUCUCUCUUUUUCUCUCCCUUUUCUGCGACUACAUGCGGAGAAACUACCCUCGCUCUCUGUGUCUACAAGCAAAGAACUCCCUCUCUCUCUCAGUGUUUACAGCCGGAGGAUCCCCCUCUCUCCCGUCUCUCGCCUACUCUCUCCCCCUCUCUCGCUUUCCCCCUCUCUCGCUUUCCCCCUCUCUACGCCUCUCCUUCUCUCUCUCUCUCUCUCUGUGUUGA